UUGUAUGCAAGAGAUUUAUAAUAUACAUAACUAAAAUUAUUAAGAUUAAUUACAGUUUUAAAUGAAUAAACUGGCGGAUAAUCUGAACACUUUUAUUAAUUUGAUGCUGUAGUGUGCAUAUAAUGUGAGAUGUAAAGAAUACUGAUCAAAACUUUUUCACUGCCAUAUACAACAGCAAUUAAUGAUCGACGGUAUAAUGUGUAUUGACAACGUUAGUUAAAAUGUGAAUUGACAGUUUUACUUAAUAAAUAGGAUAUUAGGACAAACAACAUACAUAUUAAAUUAAAUAGAGAACUUUGAUAAAAUAUUAAGCUUGAUCAGGUUCCUAAAUAUACCCAUUACAGGGAUCUUACCUUUAUAAACAACGCGAUUUAAUGAUUUUAUUCAGCUAUGAAUGAAACAGAGAAAGAUCUUGAAGACUUUAUACAGUACAAUAUAGGGAACUUUCUUUGGAUUUAUGUUUCACCCAUUCUUAUAAUAUUGGGCACAUUUGGUAAUAUUAUGUCCAUAUGUGUCCUCCUGCGUCCAAAAUUUCGCUUUUCCACAGCAAUGUUUUACCUGACCUGUUUAAGUUUUGGUGAUUUAUUUACAUUGUACACUGGAUUGCUACGUUACUGGAUAAUAAAAGCUUUCGAUGUGGAUGUGAGGAGUUUUUCCAACGCUUCUUGCAAGAUUCACACGUUCUUAGUCUACUUAUCCCUUGAUUUCACCGUCUGGGUUCUGGUCACUGUGACCAUUUAUAGAUUUUUAUCGGUUUCUGUUCCAUUUAAAGCAAAGAUCUUGUGCACAUUGAAAAGAUCAGGCUUGGUAAUAGCCGUGAUUAUUUUUCUCUUUGUCGUGAAGAACAUUCAUUUCUUUUGGAACAUGGAGCUUGCCGGAUCCUUGGAAAUAAGGUGUGGUGGCAAACCAAAUGAUUUUAUGAAAUAUAUUUGGCCAUGGAUUGAUUUUUCAUCAUUUUGUUUUAUUCCGUUUUCAAUUAUGAUAGCGUGCAACGUAAAAAUCAUCUACGAGAUGACCAGUUCCCAAAGAAGACUUGGAUUCUUCCGAACACCAACAUUAGCACCCAGACUCAGUAGCCCAUCGGCUAGAGAUGUACAUUCAGAUCUGAACGUUCAAUCCAUGACGAUGCUAGACACAACACAAACAACUAAAAUGUUGUCACAACAGACACUACAACGGAAAUCAUCUUUAGCAACAAAGCUUGAUAGCCCGUUAAAACGAGAAAGUAAUUCAGAUAUGAACGUUCAAUCCAUGACGAUGCUAGACACAACGCAAACAAGUGAAAUGUUGUCACAACAGACACUACAACGGACACCAUCUUUAGAAACAAAGCUUGAUAGCCUGUUAACACGAGAAAGUAAUUCAGAUCUGACCGUUCAAUCCAUGACAAUGCAAGACGCAAUGCAAACAAGUGAAAUGUUGUCACAACAAACACUACAACGGACACCAUCUUUAGAAACAAAGCUUGAUAGCCCGUUAACACGAGAAAAUAAUUCAGAUCUGACCGUUCAAUCCAUGACAAUGCAAGACGCAACGCAAACAAGUGAAAUGUUGUCACAACAAACACUACAACGGACACCAUCUUUAGAAACAAAGCUUGAUAGCCCGUUAACACGAGAAAAUAAUUCCGAUCUGAAUGUUCAAUCCAUGACGAUGCCAGACACAACGCAAAAAAGUGAAAUGUUGUCACAACAGACACUACAACGGAAAUCAUCUUUAGCAACAAAGCUUGAUAGCCCGUUAACACGAGAAAGUAAUUCAGAUCUGACCGUUCAAUCCAUGACAAUACAAGACGCAAAGCAAUCAAGUGAAAUGCUGUCACAGGAAAUUACGUCACAAAUGACGUCAAAGCAGAAAUCGCGGCAGACGUCAAAGUUCAAAAAUUAUUCACCAGCUCGAAGGAUUUCUACACUAACAGUUAUGCUUCUAACAGUAAACUGUGUUUUUCUCAUAACAACAUCACCAAUCAUGGUGUUUCUGAUUGGACAAGAGUACUGGUACUCAUAUGAAACACCCAAAGAUAUAGCCUGGCAUAAUUUCUGGUGGGCUCUUGUUAAUAUGUUACAGUAUAUUAACAAUUCAAUUCAUUUCUUUCUAUACUGCUUAACAGGCCAGAGGUUUAGAAAAGAGCUGAGGGUUAUGCUGAGAAAUCAUAAAAUAACUAUUAUAAAAGGAACAACUCGGAGAUUACUAGUAAUAAAUAACGUUUUAAAUCAUAUAAGACUUCGAUUCUCACGUGUUUUAUCAAAUUAACUGUGUAUAACCUUACAUCCAGAUUUUUUUUUUAAACUACACUAAUCAUAUUUCUUUUCUUCGUGAAAUAAUCUUCUUUUUGUUUUCUUUUGUUUUCUGUUGUUUUUGUUGUUUUUGUUUUUCUUGUUGUUGUUUUGUUGUUGUUGUUGUCUUUAUUUUAAUUUGGACUUGAGUAAAUUGAAUUGCGUGGUACUACAUUAUAUAUAUACAUUUAUUUAAUCACUUUAACUAAAUACGUUUAUUGAAACAUUUCUUUAUUCAGUUUCUUAUUUUGCAAGCUAAAUUAUUAAAUAUUCUCUAUGCAGUAGUAAACUUAGUAAAUUCAGUAAACGACCGAACAGUUCAAUUAUGGUACAUUUAUUCGUGUUUUAAUGCUUGUAUUUGUACCAUAAAUACUUUAAUGCUUACUGAAGACAAUCGGAUUAAAAUCAGCUCUAAAUAACGCCCCGCUUUUAGAUCUGACCGUGACCAAAUAUGAAGUCAUUUCUGGUGAUCUUUGACGCUGCCAAUCAUCGACGAGCUUUCAUAAUUUUGAAAGAAAGCGAUGUGGUUUCUAAUUUUAAUCCUUGAAAAUUUGUUACUUCUUCUCAUGUCUAUGUCAAACCGGUUUGAUUGCAUGACUAAAAUAGCCUUCUCGGGAAUCCGAUUGAUAAAGAAGGCGAAACAUAUACGAUCGUCAUCAGAUCUACACAACAGAAAUAAGUAGAGCUGAACUUUAGUCAGAUUGUACUGAAGAUGCAUUCCAUUCGUCAAUGUUUAAUGGAAGAUAGAGGACUUAUUACUGCACACCAUUUGUAUAUAUGGGAUGUGUAAUAUAUUGUUUUCAUCAUUUGUUGCUGUUAACAUUUGUUAAUGUUUUAUGCAAAUACAAUUCAUUGUCAUUGUCA